AUGCUGAGUGGUUCCUCCGAUGCUUCCUCAAGCAGAGAGGUGACCCUCAACCCCUGGAGGCUGUACCAGUGGGUCACCAGCCCUGCUUCUAGCCAGUGUUCAGAGUUCUCCCUCUGGGGCCAGGCAGAAGGCAGUGAAUCCCACUUCAUGUGGCACCCCCUGCCCCAACUGAGCAAUCAGAAGAAGGGGCUGAAGGUGGGUGGAGAAGGCCAGGUGGCAGCUGCUGGGCCAAGGCAAGACCCCGCCUGGGUGCCCAUGAAGUCCGUCUGCCUUGGGCUGCAGGUGCCAGAGCUCCCACCAGGUGCACGAGAAGGCCUCCUCAUCACACAGGGAUGGUGGCAGAUAGCGGAAAGGGCACAGUGUGGCGUGCAGAGACACUGGGGCUUAAACCCUGGCUCGGGCACUUCCUGGCUGGGGGUGGGCCCUGUCGCAGCUUCAGUUUCCUUCGCUGACGCCCGCCGGGAUCUUUGCAUCAGCCAGGCCGCGGUGCUCAUCGAGGAUGCCAUCCAGUACCGGUCCAUCAAUCACCGCAUGGACCCCACAUCGCUGGCGCUGUACCGAUGGCAUUACUCACGCAUCUGCCAGGGGGUUCUGACUUUCACCAUUUUCCUGAUCCUGUCUCUGGCCUUCAUCGAGAUCCCUUCUUCCCUCACGGUCACCUCAGACGUCCGCUACCGCCAGGCGCCCUGGGAGCCUCCGUGCGGUCUGACCGAGAGCAUUGAGGCGCUCUGCUUUCUGGUGUUCAUAGCCGAUGUGUCCAUGAAGAGCUAUUUGAUUGGCUGGAGAGAAUUUCUGAAGAACCCCUGGCUGUUGGCUUACAUCGUGGCCCUGGCGGUGUCUCUGGCCGACUGGACCGUGUCCCUGAGCUUCGGCUGUCGGGAGACGGUUCGAAUCCGCCGGCUUGUACGGCCCUUCUUCCUCCUCCAGAACUCCUCCAUGAUGAAGAAGACGCUGAAGUGCAUCAAACGGACGCUGCCCGAGAUGGCCAGCGUGGCGCUGCUGCUGGCCGCACACCUGUUCCUCUUCACGAUGUUGGGGAUGCUGCUCUUCAUGCGGGAAAAGGACGACCAGAAGGACCGGGAGCGGCGGCUGUAUUUUCGGAACUUGCCGGAGUCGCUGACUUCUCUUCUGGUGCUGCUGACCACGGCCAACAAUCCUGAUGUGAUGAUUCCUGCCUAUUCCAAGAACCGGGCCUAUUCCAUCUUCUUCAUCGUCUUCACUGUGAUAGGAAGUUUGUUUCUGAUGAACCUGCUGACCGCCAUCAUCUACAACCAGUUCAGGGGCUACCUCAUGGAAUCAAUCCAGGCCUCACUCUUUAGAAGGCGACUGGGGAUCCGAGCAGCCUUCGAAGUCCUCUGCUCCCUGGAAGGAGCAGAAAUCCAUCCUCUGGUAGUCGGAGUUAAGCCAGAAACGUUCCUCCAGGUGAUACAGAAAGUGAAAAUGGACCUUUACUGCAAGGAAGCAGUCAUCCAGAUUGUUGGAUCCCAUGCUGACGGAUUGAUGUCGGCUGAUCAGUUCCAGAGUGUCUUCGAUGAGCUGGACAAAGACGCGAUUAAGGAGCAUCCCCCGCGGCCUGAGUACGAUUCCACUGUCCUGCAGCGGGCCCAGUCUAUCUUUGGCCAUCGCUAUUUUGACUACUUGGGGAACUUAGUCGCCUUUGGAAACAUCGUUUCCAUCUGUGUGUUCUUGGUGAUAGACGCAGACAAGUUGCCCGGCGAGCGGGAUGACUUCAUUUUGGGGGUCCUGAAUUGUUUCUUCAUUCUCUACUAUGUGCUGGAGAUGCUGCUGAAGGUGUUUGCGCUGGGCCUGAAAGGCUACGUCUGGUUUUUCAGCAACAUCUUUGAUGGAGUUCUCACUGUGAUCCUGCUGGUUUUGGAGAUCUCCAGUCUUGCCGUGUACCGGUUUCCUCAUCCGGGCUGGAAGCCUGAGGUUCUGGGCCUCCUGUCUCUGUGGGACAUGGCUAGGCUGGUGAAUAUGUUCAUCGUGUUUCGGUUCUUAAGGAUCAUCCCGAAUAUGAAGCUGAUGUCCUUGGUGGCUGGAACCCUCCUGGACUUGGUCAGAAACAUGAGGGCCUUUGCAGGGAUCCUGGUGGUGGUUUACUAUGUCUUUGCCAUCGUUGGGAUCAGCCUGUUCCAAGGAGCCUUUGGAUCCCCUCCGGGAAACAACAGCCUGGUCUAUGCCAACAACACUGCGCCAUGUGGUACCUUUGAGCAGCUGGAGUACUGGCCCAAUAACUUUGAUGACUUUGCGGCCGCCCUGGUGACUCUCUGGGACGUGAUGGUCGUCAAUAACUGGCAGGUUUUCCUGGAUGUGUACACGCGGUACUCCAGCCCGUGGUCGAAGCUGUACUUUGUGGCCUGGUGGCUGGUGUCCUCCGUCAUCUGGAUGAACCUGUUCGUGGCUCUGAUUCUGGAGAACUUCAUUCACAAGUGGGACCGCCGAGGCCAGCAGCAGUCCAUCCCUGGCACGUGCCAGGCUCCGUACCAGAUGACGGUGGAGCUUAUGUUCAGGGAUGUCUUGGAGGAGCCGACGGAAGAAGAAUUGGUGGAGAAGUUGACACAGCAUCCUCACCUACACCUCUGUAGGUGACGGAGGUGUCCCGUGCCCACGUCCUCAGCCCGGGAAUGGACGUACCAGGAAGACCUGCAGAGUGAUGUCAUGGUCUCCGAUGUCACCUGUGGGGCCCUUGCAAGGGAGGGAGAGAGAGGACUGGGUUCCUUAGAAUUGUUUUCAUUUUGCAAACCACUCAUGCCCAUCUGUAUGGAGGGAGGAGCAGCUGCCCUGUGCUGUGAGGACCACUGACAAUGUGAAUGUUGGUGUGGACUUUGGCUCCGGACCCCGACUGACCAUGAGACCCUUUCCUUCUGCCGCUGGUGGGCUUCUAAGCUGUCAGAAUGACACCGUGGAGUUUUACCUCACAGGCCCUUAGGAGGGCAAAGGGCUGGAGUAGCCAGAGGGUGAGAGGCCAGGACUGUGGCUGAUCUCCCCCAGUGCCUUGGGGGGCUCUGGGGGGAGUCCUGGCUUUUUAUAUGCAGAUGAACCAGAUUUAUUUUUUAGCCUGAAUGAUGAUGCCAGCCGUGCUGUGCCUACUUUAAGGGAGGGAGGUGGCAAUCUGCCCGCCUUUCUGGGGAGACCUGGCCCAGAUGGGACAGUCCUUCCAAGGAAGGCAUCUCCUGUGUGGACCUUGGCCCAUGAGCUCAGGGGGAGCAGGGCAUGGCUCAGCCUUGGCAGACAGGCCUGCCUGUCACAUAGCUCAGUGUGACCGUGGAUUGGGAUUGGUGACUUAUUUCAGUCUCCUCUCCCUCCACCCACUUCCCCACCCUGACAUGUGCUAAGUGUAGGUCAAAUCUAUUAUAGGAGAAAGUCGGAUGUGUUCGUUGGCGUUUCUGUUGUAGCCUGUACAGGACCCUUCCUCUUCUUCCCCUCUUAGAAAUAGUACGUGGAGUUUGAAGGUGUGAGAAACCCAGAGCGCUCCGGGUCCAGUGCCUAGGCUGAAGAGGCACACUGCUGGUGUGCGGGGUGGGAUGCAGAAGGCUCCUAGGAAAGCUGUUCCUUCCCGUCCCCACAGAGCCGACAUCCUGCAGCAGGUGCAAAGGGAGCAGGCUGUUUGCCGGGUGACCCGCAUCGGGGGAUGGAGGGCUUUGUCAUCUGUUCUCUUCUCUGCAGGCACAUCCCUUACUUCUUCCUUCUGCAGUGCCAUUGCGUGGUGAGCGCUACGAACCAUAGCCAGUGCUUUCUGGAAAUUACUCUUCCCAUUGAAUGUGCCUUUCUAACAAAGAGCAUUUAAGUAAAACCAACUGGGGCAGCCA